CCCUCUUCCCCAUGUAAAGGUGUAGGAAAUCUGCAAGGGCAAAAGUCGGGUGUGAUUGAACUUGCGACUUGCAGUCUUGAGGGACAUAAUGUCCGGACCAGAACAAAAUCCUCAAGGUGAGGAAAAGGAAAAGGACAAUGAAAGUACUGAGGGUGACAGGAAGGCGAGGCUUGCGUCUCUCAAGGAAAAAGCAAUGAGUGCAUCUACCAAGUUUAGGGGUUCUUUCGCCAAAAGGGGCAGAAGAAACAGCAGAGUUGCUGCUAUUGCAAUUGUUGAUGAGCAUGACCCAGAGGAAGUGAAGGAAGUUGAUGCAUUUCGCCAAGCGCUUAUCUUAGAGGAAUUGCUACCAACAAAACACGAUGAUUAUCACACGAUGCUUAGGUUUUUGAGGGCCAGAAAAUUUGACCUGGAGAAGACAAAGCUGAUGUGGACUGAUAUGCUCCAGUGGAGAAAGGAUUUUGGGACAGACACAAUUACGGAGGAUUUUGAGUUCAAGGAAAAAGAUGAGGUCAUUCAACAUUAUCCUCAAGGACAUCAUGGGGUUGAUAAGGAUGGAAGGCCAGUUUAUAUCGAAUUACUGGGUAAAGUUGAUGCUGCCAAGAUUAUGCAAGCCACAACUCUUGACCGCUAUCUUCAAUACCAUGUACAGGAGUUUGAAAGGACCUUUAUUGAUAAAUUCCCAGCUUGCACUAUUAGCGCUAGGAGGCAUAUUGAUCAGAGCACGAGUAUUCUUGAUGUACAAGGAGUGGGAUUGAAAAGCUUAAACAAACCAGCCAGGGAACUUAUCCAGCGUAUUCAGGCAGUCGAUGGUAACAAUUAUCCUGAGACGCUGUGCCGCAUGUUUAUCAUUAAUGCAGGCUCUGGAUUCAGGCUUCUGUGGAACACUAUAAAAACAUUCCUUGAUCCUAAGACCACAUCAAAGAUCCAUGCAAGUCUAUAUCAUGUCAUAAAAUACGUUCUUAUCUGGUAUAAUCCACCUACUUAACCAGUUCAGUUUGAUUGACCAGGUUCUUGGAAACAAAUAUCAAAGCAAA